ACGUUUCAUCGGAGAUCUUAUCAUUGUCAUUAUCGGAAAAAGAAAAUCUCAAAAACUCCAUUGAAAUUUGUAGCCAUUUACCUUGCAGAUCGAUCGAUCGAACUGUUCUUUGAUUUCCAGAUUUUGCUACGUUUUCUGUUUCCAUAUCAUCUUCCUUUGUAUCUAGAGAAGCUUACUUCCAGCUGAGAUAUAUUCUCCUUUUCAAAUUGAUCCUGCCGGGAUAUCAAGAUGAAACCUGUUUGCCCCUUUGUUAAAGCUGCUCGUCCAGAUGAUGUCUCCUUGAAGAAAACCAGUGAAUCCCCUAAACAGCAUAUUGCUCAAGAUGUGAAGGCUAAACAAGAGUCUGCAGAACCUGGCAUUGUUUCUCCAAAAUGCCCAUUUGGAUAUGAUUCACAAACAUUUAAGCUGGGCCCUUUUAGCUGCAUGAUAUGCCAAGCACUUCUCUUUGAUAGUAGUAAAUGUGUCCCUUGUUCACAUGCAUUCUGCAAGGCAUGUAUAUCGCGAUUUAAGGAUUGUCCCUUAUGUGGUGCUGAUAUUGAGAAGAUUGAGCCCAAUCCAGAUCUUCAAACGUUAGUUGAUCGAUUUAUAGAGGGUCAUGCAAGGAUAAAGAGAUCUCAAUCUGAUGAGGACGCCCAGAAUGAGAAGAAAACAAUUACAUAUGAAGAUGUGUCACUUGAGAGAGGUGCUUUCUUGGUGCAACAAGCCAUGAGGGCAUUUCGUGCUCAUAACAUUGAAAGUGCCAAACAUAGACUGAGUUUAUGCGCAGAAGACAUCAGAGAGCAACUAGACAGAAUGGGCAACACAUCAGAGUUGUGUUCACAACUAGGCGCUGUACUGGGUAUGCUUGGUGAUUGCUGUCGAGCUCUAGGAGACUCGGUUUCAGCAGUCAGUUAUUUUAAGGAGAGUGCAGACUUCCUAUUCAAAGUUCAAACCGAUGAUAUGGAGAUCAUACAUACAUUAUCAGUAUCGUUAAAUAAGAUUGGAGAUCUUAAAUAUCAUGAAGGCAAUUUGGAAGCAGCUAGAUCUUACUAUUCUCAGUCAUUAGAUGUUCGACGUAAGAAGCUCGCUGGCUCUCCUUCCCAGACUCUAGACGUGGCUGUUUCACUAGCAAAAGUCGCUGAUGUGGACAGGAAUCUUGGCGACGAGAGUAUGGCAGUUAAUGGAUUUCAGGAAGCCGUUGAAUUAUUGGAGUCAUUGACAUUGAACUCAGAAGAAGUCGGUCUUGAAAAUCGGCGAAUAUCGGUUCUGGAGUUUCUCAAAAAUCAACUCGACAGUAAAGAAUGAGAUCAUGGAAUUUAUAAACUGCAGAUGUCGCCAAAUCAUAUGUAUAUUUAUGUGGAAUAAGGGGCGGUUAUGUAUCGAAUUGAUUCGAAAAUUGCCAUAUAUAUAGUUAGUCUUAGAUGAGUUAUGGUUGCAAUUGAUAGUAUUAAUAUAUGGUGUUACAAGUUGAAUUUUUAUUAUGAUAUAAAGUUAACACAAUAUUUAUAUCAAUUUUGUUUAGUUGUAACAUGAUAUGAUGAUAAUGCUAGCUGUGAUCUUCUA